AUGCGCCGACUACGCCGACUCCCUUGGCAAUUCAUUUUCUUGAGCCUUUUCUUCUUUGUUCUUUUCUUUAAACUUCGUCUAGUCCCUGGCGGAUCGGUCUCGAUCGAAAGGGCUGCGCCGACCCCACCCCGAGAUGAUGUGGCUAUUCCAGCGAGCGAUUUCAAUAGUUACGAUCCAACCUCCGAGCCGGGUGGUGUGGGCACAGUGAACGACUUCAGGGAGCCCCGGUUUUACUCGGGAGGAACGCGCUUUUUGAUCGGCAGCCCGAAUACCACCCGGUAUCCGACCCCCGCAAUCUUUGACCCCUACCCGGAAUACAACUCGAAGGAAUGGUCCAAGCAAUGGCAAGGGACUUUCCGGCCAUGCACUGGCCCACGUGGGAAAACCUUAGAUCGCACGAGAAGCGAGGACAUGAUGUCGGUCUAUCCGGGAACUCAACAAGGAUUCCCCCGCCCUGUGUUUGGAUCCCAGGAAGCGCUCGGUCUUCGAUCUGAUGUAUGCACAGAUCGGUACGGUCGUUAUGGCCCAUACGGAUUCGGGGACAACGAACCGGAACAUACAGGUCUCAUGAAGCGUAGAAACGUCGACUGGGAUGCGGUCAACUGGGGAGCCCUGCAGUCGCAGUGCUACGAGCGUAACGCGGGCAGAUACAACCCAGCACAGCCGGACCAGCACUACGGCCAACACAUCAUGUCGUUGAACUCACCGAAACCUCCACAGCCAGCGAGCCCGCCAGACUCCUUAUCCUACAAAUCGCGGUCCGCAGUGAUCCUGCGGGCAUCGGAAGACAUGAAAUGGAACCCGAGCCACCAGCAGUACAUGCGCUCGCUGAUUAUGGAGCUCUCGCUGCACAGCGGAUCCGAGUACCAAGUGUUCUUCCUGGUGGAUGUACACAACGAGGAACUGGAUAUCGAACACGACCCAGAAGCCGUGCAACGGGCCAUGGCAAAUAUCCCACCGGAGUUCCGCGACAUGACAGUCCUGUUCAACACGCGGCUGAUGCGACAAUGGUACCCGCGCGUGAACGAGUACCGCGCCAUCUUCCAGCACCUGCAGGCGCUGCAGGUGUUUGCGCAGAUGUACCCGGAAUUCGACCACUACUGGCAGCUCGAAGUCGACGGCCGCGUCAUGGGUCACACGUACCAUUUCCUGGAGCAAGCCAUCGAGUUCGCCAAGCAGCAGCCGCGGAAACAUCUUUGGGAGCGCAACGCGUAUUGUUACGCACCCGGUGCGCACGGGACCUGGAAGGAGUUCACACAGAAUGUUGCCAAAGACCUGCAAGGCAAGAAGACAGUCUGGGGGCCCGUCGCGGUGCAGGGCAUCCAGCCCCAGGGACCUUCACCACCGGUACCGCACCCGGAAGACGACCAGUUCGAAUGGGGCGUAGGCGAAGAAGCGGACCUGAUCACAUUCCUACCCAUCUUCAAUCCGACCCAGACGAACUGGACGUUUCCGUGGAUGCUGUGGAAUCUGCCGCGCGACACGCCGCGGCGCGCCUCGCCCAUUACGCAGUGGCGCGUGUCGCGCCGGCUUCUCAAUGCCAUGCACCAGGCUGAGCUGGAUGGCAUGGCGUUCGGCUCGGAGCUGUCGGCUCCAUCGUGGGCGCUCCUGCACGGGUUCAAGGCGGUCCAUGUGCCGCAUCCGAUCUACAUGGAUGGGAAAUGGUCGCCAACGGAGCUGGCCCGCAUCUUCAACAAGGGGCCGCCGGAAAACAUCAACGGCGAGCCGGACAGUAUCUGGAAUUGGGAUCUGGGAUCUAUUCACCUCUGGUACCGAAUGACCUAUAUGUUUUCCACGCAGACGGCUGAGGAUCUGUUCCGGCGAUGGAUGGGGUACCCGGUCGACCCGAUUCUGUUACAUCAAGGCAUUCGGCCCGAAUAUCGCCCCGGAAGAUACUGGGAUGACGGCGGCAGCGUGGACGAACCCAAAUACGGCCGCCUCUGCUUCCCGCCCAUGCUUCUGCACGCCAUCAAAAACCCCGAUCUACCCAUGAUCCCGGGAGAGGCCGUCAAUACAUUCUCAUUGGGCAUCGAAUCUCUCAAUUGGAAGGAGUGGGAUUGGAUGCGGUUCCCUGACACGCCGAUCGCCCCGAACGUUGCUGGCCAGCAGGGGCAG